AGGAUUUGCCUUUCCUGAGCAAAAUCUGACACCGUCGGCGUCUGACGCGCGGAAAACCAGACCUCUUUAUUUUUAAAUGUACACGACCUUGUCUUACAUGUACAGUCCUUAGAAAACAGAGAAUAAAAUGUCUUCUUAGAUUCUGGAGUCUUCCUCGUCAUGUCCUCGCCGGGCCGCCCCUCCACUUGAAUGGGAUCUGCUCGCGUCCUGGACUCGUCUUGUGGCACCGACGGUCUCCUCCGCUCCCGUGUCUCCUCCUCCGGUGUAAAUGCUCGGUUGGCUCUCGCUCUCUCUCACACACUUUAGUCACUUCGUUGGUGGUUUGAUGCGGAAUCCGUUUGUGUGAUCGGUUUGGAAGAGACGACGCCAAAGCUCCGGUGGAACCUGCGCGUCAGGGCAUAGGCUUUGGCCAUGGGAGGAUCGAAGAGUAAACCCAAGGAGUCGGGCCAGCGACCCCGCAGCCUCGAUGGAAACCACAGCUCUGGAGGAGGAAUCGGUGGCCACCACCUCAACUCCAAUCAACAGUCGUUGACACCUAAUCGUAGCCCCGCUAUUGAUGGAGGCCUCGGUGGCACUCCGGGUAAUGCAGAGCUAGCUCUGUUUGGAGGGGUGGACAAUAACAGCAUCACCUCUCCCAACAGAAUCACACUGGCAGGAGGUGUGACGACCUUCGUGGCACUGUACGACUACGAGUCCAGAACGGCCUCGGACCUGUCUUUCAGGAAAGGCGAGCGUCUCCAGAUCGUCAAUAACACGAGGAAGGUGAAUUGCAGAGAAGGGGACUGGUGGCUGGCACGCUCCCUGACCACCGGAGAGAGCGGUUAUAUCCCCAGCAAUUAUGUGGCUCCAUCUGACUCCAUCCAGGCAGAAGAUCACCUCAGACUGACUCUAGAGUCCAGGUGGUACUUUGGCAAAAUCACACGCCGCGACUCCGAGAGGCUGCUGCUGAGUUUGGAGAACAGGAGAGGAACGUUCCUGGUGAGAGAGAGCGAGACCACCAAAGGUGCCUACUGUCUCUCUGUGUUAGACUACGACAACACAAAAGGUCUGAAUGUGAAGCACUACAAGAUCAGGAAGCUGGACAGCGGAGGCUUCUACAUAACAUCACGCACACAGUUCGGCAGCCUGCAGCAGCUCGUCAAUCACUAUCGCAAGCACGCUGACGGGCUGUGUCACAGUCUCUCAGACAUUUGUCCCGUGCUGAAGCCUCAGACUCAGGGCUUGUCCAAAGAUGCCUGGGAGAUCCCGAGGGAAUCGCUCCGUCUUGACGUCAAGCUUGGACAGGGCUGCUUUGGAGAAGUCUGGAUGGGAACAUGGAACGGUACAACACGUGUGGCGAUCAAGACCUUGAAGCCCGGCACCAUGUCCCCGGAGGCUUUCCUCCAGGAGGCCCAGGUCAUGAAGAAGCUGAGACACGAGAAGCUGGUUCAGCUCUAUGCUGUGGUGUCGGAGGAACCCAUCUACAUCGUCACUGAGUACAUGGGGCAAGGCAACUUACUGGAUUCCCUGAAGGGUGACAUGGGUAAGAUGCUCCGCCUACCUCAACUGGUGGACAUGGCAGCACAGAUUGCCUCAGGGAUGGCAUAUGUGGAGAGGAUGAACUAUGUGCACAGAGACCUCAGAGCUGCUAACAUCCUGGUGGGAGAUAACCUGGUUUGCAAAGUUGCUGACUUUGGCCUCGCUCGUCUCAUUGAGGAUAAUGAAUACACGGCGAGGCAGGGAGCCAAGUUUCCCAUUAAGUGGACAGCUCCUGAGGCUGCACUCUAUGGUCGUUUCACCAUUAAAUCUGAUGUCUGGUCCUUUGGGAUCCUGCUGACUGAACUGGCUACAAAAGGCAGAGUGCCCUAUCCAGGUAUGGUGAACCGAGAGGUGUUGGACCAAGUAGAGCGUGGUUACAGGAUGCCAUGCCCGGCAGAAUGUCCCGAAUCCAUGCAUGAGCUGAUGCUGACCUGCUGGAGGAAAGAGGCAGAGGAGAGGCCCACCUUUGAGUACCUGCAGGGCUUCCUGGAGGACUACUUCACCUCCACAGAGCCUCAGUACCAGCCAGGCGAGAACCUGUAACCGGGGCCAAACACAGAUAUGUGCAUGUGUUAUAUGCAUGCACAAAAGUGAGCAUGUGCAUUUGCUGUAGAGUGCAUGGACAUUGAGUACUUUAUAUUCGAGGGAGUGUGUGUAAAACAUAACCGAGUUUGGGUCCAGUCAAUAACUCUGACAUUAAGGAAUGGGAGGUCACGACAGUCACACUCUUCUUCACUUCUUGCCUCUUCCCAGAGUCACUGUCAGAUUCCUCGUCCUGUCGGCUAAUAAAGGAAAGGGCUGGUAUUGUUAUGCAACUUUUUGUCUGUCAAUCAAAUCGACACUAUUCAGCCAAGCAGGUUUCCUGAUGUGUCUGUCGCACGUAAGCCCAUUCUUUAUUAAUUCACUCUUGUAGUUUAGCACUUUCAACACUGUGGCUGGAAAGACUUCAACCACACAAUAAACUUAAGAUACAUAAGUAUUUUCCUGCUGAAAGCUACACUACAGGAUCUAUUUUUUACUACAUUUUCUAUUGGGAUCCAAUCAAAACACACGCGCGCUCAGACCUUGUCUUCCAUUUUGCCACUUGAGAAGCAACUGUACAAUAAAUUUCUACGAUAUUUUUUGGUGGAUAUUGUUGUUGUUGUUGUUAUUAGACCUGGAGGAACUGUCGACGACGUUAUAACAGUGCUUCCCCCCACCGCCCCGUGCAUCACUGAGACAGGUUAAGACAAACACUGGUAUGAGAUUCUCAAUAAGGCUCUAACAGCCGUGGGUCCUGUGUGAUCCCAGUCGCCAGUUGGUUUAUUGCUGUGAACAACGUACAUCUUGAAUCUUGACUUUACAGAAGAGGCGAGGCAGAGUUUGUCUCUCCAUUUUCUAAGUGUGACUUUUUCUUACAAGCAAAAUGCUACUGAUCACAAGAGGGUGGAGAAUUUUACUGCAAGGUUUUUUUUUAUUUUUAGUCUAUUUUACUGUUCUGAACUGAAUUCUGAUUUGUGUAAGCAGAGGAUGUGAUGUUCCCCAGAAAAGAUAAUCCAGUGCUUUGACAUCCUGCACCUGCUGGCUCACCACCGAGGUUUCAAGGCUUGAAACUGAAAUGAUUUCACGUUUGUUAACAUGAAGAUUUGUAUUUCUAUUCGGCCUUCUUUUGUUUUCUGUGAGUACAGUCUUACACUGGAGAUGCUUUGUUUCUGUCAGUUCCUGCAGCCUGCAGGGUCAGACCACACGGUAUGCCCAUAAACCGCAUGCGUAGCAGAUAAACUGCCAUCUUGAAACUUAAAUGUAAAUAUUUUUUUAAUUGUUUUUGUAUAUAUCAUCUAUGUAAUUUAUUAAUUUUUUUUUUUGUUAAAGAAAAGCCCAGUUGUUUAUUUUGCUGUCAUUCAAAAUUAAAUGUUCAUGGUACUUUUAUGGGAUAAAUAUCUGACAGUAAUGGUUUAAAAUAUAUAAAUAUAAACAACUUUUUGGUUUCCAGUAUUUGUGCAUGUAUUUCUGUAAACCUAUCUUGGUUGUACAAUUUAAAUAUUACUCACACAACUGAUCCAUAUCCCACUGUUCACCUUGGAAAAUAGAUAAUACUGACGAUACAAUCAACACUUGUUUUUGAUUCAGUGAUCACGUCGGUGCCGCUUCUCAGGCCAGCAAACAAUCGGGUUAUCCACUAUCUUUUCAGAUAUUUCUGUUUCUUUCUGAGCUCACUCGAUCCGUAUGGUGUGUGUGUGUGUGUGUGUGUGUGUUUAUGUGUCACAUCUAUACAUCUGUGCUCUGUUUUAUAAAACACUUCUACUCAGAAGAUAACGUGACUGCCUCAAAUGAAAGUAGCCUGAUUGUUUGUGUUGUGUCUACUCUGUCCUGUGGACAUGGGUUAUUCCACAAGAAAACGCAUUGAUCUGAAAGGAUGAAGUCUGGUUGUCCAGCAUCAUCCUCUUCUUCCUCAGACCGGUGUCAGUGAACGAUACAUGGGAAAGGUGCACAUAAGGGGUCAUGCUGUCUGUGUGCGGCCUUGCUUCUCAGCCAAGGACAUUUCCUGUGGGGUUCCUUUCUGGCUAUGCAUAUAUAAAUAUAUAUAAUUUUUAUAUAAUUUUUUUCCCUGUAAUAUUACAAUAUACUGUAUAUUUACUUUUUUAUUCAAUGGGAAUUUUCUGAUAAAAAAAAAAGUUCUUUGAUAAAUCCUAAGGAACACUGUUCACACAUUUGAAAGGUUGUUUGAAUAAAAGUCGAAUUUUA